AUGACAUCCUCACGCUCUGAGCUGACAGAGCCAGGCUGGCAGAACGCGCUCGCAGAGGAGGACGAUGCGGAGCUCACCUACGAGAACAUCCGGCUGGCCCAGACUGGGGAGGUGAAGCAGGGGCAAGGGGCGGAGCAGAGCAAAGAGCCCAGGUGGAACACGCGGUACCUGCCCCUCGGCCUGCUGGGGGCCUGCCUCUUCCUCCUGGCCACCACCAUUGGCCUGGGGGUUCGCUCACAGACGUUGCUGGGGCCAGUCAGCGCACUGGGGGGUUUCCCGGCGCUGCUGGCCAAAGGGCUGUAUGGCCCAGGCUCACGCUGUCUGUCCCCUGCAGACUGGCAGGUUUCCCAGCAUCUGCAGCAGGCGUCCCGAGCGCACGAGGCAGAGAGCAGCCGCCUCUCCCAGCAAGUCAGCACCAAGGGGGCCACCCUGGAGCAGACGGCGAGGGAGCUGGAGCAGGCGAGGCGGGAGCUGGAGCAGGCGAGGCGGGAGCUGGAGCAGAUGUGGCUGAAGGAGAACAGCACACAGGAGCAGCUGCGACUGCUGGAGGCCGCGUUAGAGGGAUCGAAGGAGGAGCUGGCGAGGGUACAGGAGGAGAAGACAGAAAUUAAAGAGAAGCUGAACCAGACGGAGAACGCCCUGUCCAGCAUCCGCCCCUGCGAGCAGACAGACUGCUGCCCGGCAGACUGGGUGUUGUACAGAGGAAAGUGCUUGUUCGUCUCGAAGGAGAAGAAGAGUUGGCAGAAAAGUAAAGAAGACUGUGAAUUGAACUCUGCUCACCUUCUUAUCACCAAAUCCUGGGACUGGCAGACAAUGCCGAAUUUUCUGAAAAAUACUGAUGUGCAGUAUUGGAUUGGAUUCAGGAAAGAUGGAAAUAAGGAACCGCAGUGGGUUGAUGAGUCGCCCUUUAAACCGUAA